UUUCAUUUUAAGACUUUCUCGUAAAUAAAAAUAAAAAUAAAAUCAAGUAUCCUUUGAGACUUCUUCUGGAAAUGGGGUUGAAAUACAAAGCUUGCAAGAGCUCUUCAUCUUCCAAUCUCUUCUCUGUUAGAUAUUCAACCAUUCUCACUUUAGGCUUUCUCUUUAGCUCGUGUUUUCUUUUCAUUUCUAUGCUUAGAUACUUACAAGAACCAUCAGUUUUGGCAGAGAAAGACUCAUUUAAUGGCGACCUCAGAGAUGUUAAAUUUGCUUGGAACAAGCUUUGCUUUGGACCGACGUUUGAGAAGCUCAAACUUGCAGUUUUCUCCAAGACAUGGCCACUUGAUGCCGGCCCUGGUGGUAUGGAACGCCAUGCUUCCACUCUCUACCAUGCUCUUGCUGCCAGGGGUCAUGAAAUUCAUGUUUUUACUGCUCCAUCAGAUAGGAAGCCUCACCUUGAUAUCCACGAAGGUAAUCUUCAUGUCUACUUCGCUGCCAAUGAUCAUGGUUCAGUCAAUUGCUCUUUGGCAUUUGAGAUAUUCAACAAAAUAAAUGCAAAUGGGGAGUUUGAUUACGUGCAUACUGAGAGUGUUUCCUUGCCACAUUGGAGGGCUAAACUGGUGCCUAAUGUGGCUGUAACAUGGCAUGGGAUUUGGUACGAAAUCAUGCACUCAAAAUUAUUUGAAGAGCUAUUUACAAAUCCAGAUGGGGCUUUGCCGGGACCCAUGACAGAGCUUCAAGAAGCAAUGCCACGGCUUAUUGAUGAGAUCAGAUUCUUCUCAAGCUACAAACAACACGUCUGUAUAAGCCAUAGUGCUGGUGAGGUAUUAGUCAGCGUCUACCAGCUGCCCUUCAGAAAUGUUCAUGUCAUACUAAAUGGAGUGGACAAUACCAAAUUUGUGCACGACCCAGAUGCUGGCGCAAGGUUUAGAAGAAAAUACGGUGUCCCUGACAAUGGAAGCCUUGUGAUGGGAGUUGCGGGGCGGCUGGUUAGGGACAAAGGGCAUCCACUUCUGUACGAGGCCUUCUCAUUGAUCAUCAAACGCCAUCCUGGUGUGUUUCUUCUUGUGGCAGGAUCCGGCCCAUGGGGGAAAAGGUAUGCUGAGUUAGGCCCUAAUGUCAAGACCUUAGGUGCCAUGGAUUCCUCUCAACUGUCUGAAUUCUACAAUGCAAUUGAUGUGUUUGUCAAUCCCACAUUAAGACCUCAAGGACUUGAUCUUACACUAAUCGAAGCAAUGCAUUGUGGGAAGCCAGUUUUGACCCCCAAUUAUCCAAGCAUAAUUGGAACAGUGGUGGUGAAGGAAGAAUUCGGAUACACAUUUUCGCCCAAUGUGAAAUCCUUUGUUGAGGCCUUGGAGUUGACAAUAAGAGAUGGACCUAACGUCUGGCGGAACAAAGGCAUGGCCUGCAAGGAGUACGCUCUCUCCAUGUUCACUUCGACUAAAAUGGCCUCAGCCUAUGAGAGGUUCUUCCUCUGCAUGAAAAACUCCAGAUAUUGCCAGUAUCCUCUAUCCACAGAUUGUUAAAUUUCUUUUCUUGAAAACUACAAGUCAUAUUGGCAAUAAA